CCAGAACAUGUCUCAUUGCGAUGCAAUCUUAAAGUGCACAGCAGCCUUGGUCGAAGAACUCUCAUAUGAUUCCGACCAUGUGGUAAGAAGCAUUCAGCUCAUGAAUCAAGCUCGUUUCUACUUCGCGACGGGCGAACAAGUGGAGUGGCAGAUUGGAGAGCUGCUUCAACGAUCCUGCGUGUUCGCCGAUUGCAGCAAUGACAUGUUAUGCAAAGCUUGCUCUUCCUGUAACCUCGCCUUCUUUCAAAGUCUGAUCAACGACCAUAAAGCUGCAUAUGAGCACUCCAACAAAGCCAUGUCAUGUGCGACGGAUCCCUGCUGUCUGACUAGCGAUGAGUUUGUAGACUCACAGGAGGUGAGGGGGAGAGCUGCGAGGCGUGACCUAACGCGAGCUGAAGGUGUGCUGGAGAGUAAUGACAGCCGCGUCGCUGGUGCAGGGCAGAGCGUUGCUUUACUGGGGGGAGGACUUCAUAGGGGUGUAUGAACGGGCAUGGAACUAUGCAAGCAAGUUGUCAGACAAGUUUGA